GCGCUGACAGCCACUGAUCAACCCACUUUCUCGGGGUUAGUGUCUCCAUGCAAGACUGCUGAAGAAGAACCUCAGACUUUCUUUAUAUUCCUGCAAAUCAGCCCACCCGGAUAAAACCGUCCACGGCUGCAAAAAAAUCACUAAUAAAAGUGAAAACCAAAAAUCUUUGAAGUUCUUUUUUCUCCCCUGAAUCUCCACUGUAUCUGCACAACAAUGUCUGGAGAGGACGCACCUGCCCAGCAGCAAAACGCCGUGGACCAGAAGCAGGAGACCAAGCCCGCAGAGGAGCCUAAAGCCGAGCCUCCAAAGACGGAGUCCGCGGAGGCUGGGGCCACCCCGGCGGCGGCCCCCGAGAAGGCCCCCGAAGAGGAGACCUUCACCUACCGCGCUCUGGUUCUCACCGGCUACGGAGGGUAUGAUAAAGUCAAGCUGCAGGUGAAGAAGGGGAAACCUGCACUCAAAGCUGGAGAGGUGCAGGUCCGGGUCAAGGUCUGCGGGCUCAACUUCGCCGACCUGAUGGCCAGACAGGGUCUGUACGACCGGCUGCCAUCCCCGCCGGUCACCCCGGGGAUGGAGUGCUCCGGGGUGGUGGAGGCUGUCGGGGAAGAAGUAACUGACAGAAAAGUUGGUGAUAAGGUGAUGGUGUUGAACCGCUUUGGGCUGUGGCAGGAGGUAGCUGUGGUGCCGGCCAGCCACACCUUCCUCAUCCCAGAGGGGAUGAGUUUUGAGGAGGCAGCUGCCCUCCCAGUCAAUUACAUCACCGCCUACCUGAUGCUGUUUGACUUUGGCAACCUGCGACCCAACCAGAGCGUCCUCAUCCAUUCUGCUGCAGGUGGCGUUGGCAUUGCAGCCACUCAGCUGUGCAAGACUGUGAAAGAUGUGACCGUGUUCGGCACUGCCUCGGCAAGCAAACAUGAGGCCAUCAGUCAGGGUGGAGUCACACAUACCAUUGACUAUCGCACCAAGGACUAUGUGGAGGAAGUACGCAAGAUCAGCCCAAAAGGGCUGGACAUCGUGCUCGACCCUCUCGGAGGAUCAGACACCCACAAGGCCUACAAUCUGCUGAAGCCUAUGGGAAAGCUCAUCACCUAUGGUACAGCCAACAUGCUGGCAGGCCAAAGGAAGAACCUGAUUGCCGUUGCUAAGAACUGGUACCACCAGUUCUCCAUCCACACGCUCAGUCUUAUUCAAGGUAACAAGUCUGUGUGCGGGUUUCACCUGGGCUACCUGGACGGGGAGAUGGAGCUCAUCACUCAGGCUAUGAACACCAUCCUGGAUCUGUACAAGCAGGGCAAAGUCAAACCCCGCAUUGACUCCACCUGGCAUCUUGAGCAGGUUGGCGAUGCCAUGAGGAAGAUGCAGGAGAGGAACAACGUCGGCAAAGUGAUCCUCACCACUGAGCCUAUGCCGGAGGAGGAGAAGAAGGAAGAGGCCAAGAAGGAGGACAAGAAAGAGGACAAGAAGAAGGAUGAUAAGAAGAAGGAUGACAAGAAGAAGGACGAUGGAAAGAAGGAGGAGAAGAAGGAGGAGAAGAAGAAAGAGGAGCCUAAGAAAGAGGAGAAGAAAGAAGAGAAGAAGGAGGAGGAGAAGAAGGAAGAGGUCAAGAAGGAGGAGAAGUGAGAGGGGAAGAUGGAUAGUCAAGCAGAUCAGCAGCAGGGAGUUUGUGUCCUGGGAGCAGGGGAGGUGGCAGGGAUGAGCUUGGUGGUGGAGUUGCAGAGGGUUGGGGGUGGAGCGGUAGCAGAGAUGGGAAGGACUUGGGGUAAAUUUGAAAUGAUGGCACCAGUCUCACUCUUUUACCUCCCCUCUGCCUCACCUACUGGGUGAUUACUCAGGUCCGGCUGCUCCCACCUCCCCUUUCCUCUUCUCUUACAUUCACCUUUUAAAAAAAUCAGAUCCUUCAGCCCUGCAUACGUUCUAAUCUCAUUUCCUCCGUCCCCCCACCCUUAUAGUAUUAAUCGAUAUUUGGCUAUUGGGAAUCAAAGUGUCAGGAGAGCCAUGGAGGAUGGUGGGUUUGGUCCGAGCCUGGGGGCAAAUUACCAUCUCCCUGACAACCUUAAUCUCCUUUCACACUCCGGCCCCACCCUUGACCCCCGGUGCCCCCUCUGCAUCUCGACUCCCACCGUGCUAAAUUGUUCUGCUCUGACUUCCACCUGCCACCUCCGCUUUCCCUCCCUCACUGUGCUGAGUCCCUCCCCACCACCACACGCACCUCCCACAGCAUCAUCAGCCGGACCCACAGACAGGCACCAAAGGCAGGCAGAUAAACCGAGAACCACACCCACCCACUCGCAUGUUGCUUUCUGCGUCCAGCUCAGUUAUGUCACUAAAGAUGAGUCAGAGAGGCCUCUGAUUGGCUGAUGCGCCUCCCCUGGAGAUAUUUUCAUUGUAGUUUUCUGAUCAUCAUGUUUAACUACUUAGAAAAAUGUCAUGAGAGCUACUGAGAAAAAAAAAUGGUUUCCCAUCAAAAGCCAAUCAAGUUCAUGUAGCUUUGCCUGAAUAUGAAUUUCCUCACAUAAUGAGCCUUUCUGUUCUCUGCUCAAUAGGGCCGGCUGAUAUGAUUUUCCAGCUUCCUUCUCCUUAGUUACAGAUUUUUCUAGCUGGCCAACUGUUGGCAAGAAGUGCAAGAUGUCAAUUAAGAGAGAAAUUGUUCCUGCACACAUACGUGCAUGCGCUAAAAGCGAUGAAAGAGCCACUGUCACACCAAGACAGUGAGGCGCUUGAAGUGAGUGCGUGAAAAAGGUUUUUCUUUUUGCUUUUGUUUUCCUUCGCUCCAGACUUGCUUUCCUCCCUGAUCCAGCGAGAGGAAUUUCAUUGCAUUCCGUUCUUCCCUUCGAUCACUCUGACCCAGGAGAGGAGAAUUCAGCCGGCUCUGUUGUCCAUGCUUCGCCUCCCCACCUCCUCCCUCUUCCUCCUCUUUCUGUUUCCCUCUUUAUGGUCGGCAUAGCAACAGGCGUCAGGCUCGUCAGAGAUGGCUCUGUGGUCUCUCUUUUUUUCUCCUCUCUUCCAACUCCCUCUCUGUGUCUCUGUCUUUAUGCUCUUCUAACUUUGCGUUUGCAAGCCGUUGGUGCUCUCAGAUGGUAUUUCAACAGGUUGAUGCUGUUUUAUGAAACAGGAAGUCUUCAAGCGUUUAAUCUUGUUCUACUAAACCGUAAUGCAACCAAUCCUUAAAUGUGAUGCUUUAUAAUUGGGGAUAUUAAUGGCUCAUACUAAAGCUCAGUCAGUAACUUUGACGCCAAAAGAACACUGAAUUAAAUACUGGGAAAAAGUAUUUACGUACUUGUCAUAGUUCUCCAGUUUUUCAGUCUGAACUUUUGAUAAAGCACAUCAGACCAGUAAUCUGUUUUUAAAAAGGACGUUUUCAUUAAUGAUGUUAUUUAUUAAGGGAGAAAAGCUAUCCAAGAUAGGGCCUUGUGUGAAACAGAAAUUCCCUUCUAGAUCUAAUAAUAAUCUAAUAACUAGUGACGCAACCUUUGGCAACAAGAACUGCCAUCCACCUAUUGCGAUAACUAGUAAUGAGUAUUUUUACACCUCUGUGGGGAAACAUUAGUCCACUCUUCUGUGCAGAAUUAUUUUGCAGAAUCAAAAUGCUUUAUUCUUUCAUGAUCAAUUUUUAUCCUCGCAGCUUGAAGUGCUUUAAAUGUUCUGUAGGGUUAUUUGUGACCUGUUGAAUGGAGGUCUUCAUUGAGUCAUGUGUAGAUCUAACACUCCUUGGAAGGAUUACAACUAUUCAGUGUUUUUCACGUUUUGAGAAUAAUGGCUUUUAUGGGUUUGUUGGAGUCUGAAACCCUUAGAUAUGGCUUUGUUAUCCACUAGUCAGAUGUAAGUACUUUAAACAUUCUGGAUGAAAGUAUUAAGGCGAUUCAUGUUGUCAGAGAGGUUCUAGAAGGGAUUUCUUAAGGUUCUUGCAUUAAUCAAGUUGAACUUCGCUUUUUGGGUGAGAACAGCUUUUUUCUCUUGAAAAAUUAAAUCAUGCUUUUGAAGUACUUUUCAAAGUUAAUGAAUGAAUUCAUAUCUGAUAUAAGUAUGCUUUUGAUGAUGCAUAACAUCACCGACGCCAUCAGUUGCUUUUUAUUUAAUCAGCUUCAGACAUGAUGCCGUCCUGUCCGCCUGCCUGCCUGCCUGUAUAUGAGUCCGGCUUCACUGUUCAGACUCAGAUGGUGACUAGUGACUUUGUAAAAAAAACAAAACAAACAACAAAAAGAUUGUUUCCAAAAAAAAAAGAAACAGGGGGGAAAAAGUGUUUGUGUUGGCAUGAGUGGCCUCCCUCAUGUGCUGUGUGUGGUGUGCCAUUGUGUGUGAAGACGUGUGUGUCCUCAGGUCGUUUGUCAGGUUUUUCAAAUCCCCCACCCUCCUUCCCCCAUUUCCACUUCACACUACUCUGCUACAAAUAUGAUGUAGCUUCACACAGACCCUCCUUCCACCUCCAUCUCUCCCUCCUGUCUGAUAAGAGGCCUGUAUUAUGAGGACAGUCGGUAUUAGUAUUUUGCACUCUGCUCGCUGAUCUUAAUGCACUUGCAAGCAUGGAGGUGGCACUCCAGUCCAACCCUGGCUCUAAGUUUUUUUUUUUUUUUUUUUUUUUUUGUUUGGGCUUCAGAGUUGCAGCCUGUUUCUCAUCCUUGCAAAGCAGGUGGCACAAACACAUUCACUUGAGUAAAGGUCCUCCUCAUUUGGGCCAACUUUUCAAAUGCAUUCAUUCAUCCUUGACAGUGGGAAGCAAAACACGGAGCUGGAGGAAAUGGACUGGAGUGAAACCACCAUACUGGUGUGGGGAGUGAUUGUGCUCUGUCAGCCUCUGGUUAGUGUUCUGUUCUAAUCUGCUGGGCUCCCUUUGUGAACCUGUGGACGGUGCUUCUGUUCUGAGUGCCAUGUGAGAAACAAUUGCUUCAGUAAAAAAAAAAAAAAAAAAAAGACGAAGAAAGAAAAAUGUUUUACUUACUGUUAUUUUGAUUUUCCUUUAUAUUUUUGUUUGUAUUUUAGUUAUCCGAGGGUUUAAAGUUCAAAGCUCAUACAGUACUCCGUGGGGACCUGCUAACCUGCACUCCUUUUAAAUGUGAUAAUUUUUUUUUUUUAUUGUUGUUUUUCUGUUGGUCCAAACCAUGUGUGCCAAAUUGUAUGUAUAUUCCUCUGUCAAUGCUUUGAAUAUUAACAGUGCAUAAAAA